UGAGUACCAGCCGUGUGAGUCAGAGUGGGCUGGUUCCUUGCUGCAGAUGCUUUGCCAAGACAAAGAGAAGUGCUUGGUUCUUGUAUGCAGUCUUUAGGAAUUUUGUAGCAGAAUGAGAAUCCAGAGAAAGAGGUAUUGCCUCUAUAUAUCACACUGAUAACCUUAUCCUGGUGUACUUUUAAAAACUGCAAAAAGACCCACUUCUCCAAGAAGAAAGGGUCAUAUUUCAGCAACUUUAGAAUGGCAGUGUUGGAAACAGAUGAUAACAAAUACACACUGUACCCUAGUGUAGGGCAGUGGCUGUUAAUGGGAGACCAGUGUCUAUUUUAGACAUGCUGUAUUGCAUUUGAGUACCUACUGCCCUAAUGCGUGUUGCUACUGCCACUCUGGUGGGUUCUCCUGGUUUAUCCUGCGACUGCUGUAAAACUGGUGAUGUGAACAGGGACCUGGACCUCGUUAUCAUUGGAAAGGGACUCUACAAAGGAAUCCCAAACCAUCAUUUUCAUGGGAAGACGGUCGGUUCUCUUCCUACACUCUUUACAAAACAUGUUCUGGGAGCUAUUGAAAGUUACCAUAGUGACUGCUCAGCUUCUGUGUCAUCAAGUGGUCAGACUACACAAGUAGGUCUCAAUAACUCAUGGUCUGGAAUCCAGAGUUAUGCAACUGGUCUGUCUACUGAAAGAAGCUCAGUUUACUCUUGGAGAGAUGAUGAGUUUGAUAGGGUUAACACCCAAAAAGUCCACCAGCUGUUAUGGGAUGUUGCUGAGAUGUUAUUUGAAGGCAAGGUGAGUUCCAGAACACAAGGCCUACAGAUGGAAUGUAAAGAGUGGACCAAGCAUUCACCCCAUCUCAGGAUUUUGGGAAGCCAGUUAGUAUUACCAAGAGAUGAAGGAUUUCAGCACGUUCAGAAGAGAACAUCCAGUUCUAAAACAAUUCCAUCACCAAGCUUCCUGGACAGCACCAAUGACAUGAAAGAGCUGUGCCUUUGGGGUCAGAAGCUGGUUGCAACACACUCCCCAGUGCACAGUGCAUUGGGCUCCAGAGAGACUUCAUGUUCAGACCCUUCCCUCUACUCCUUCCUAGAGGAAGAGAUUUAUGAAGUGGAUGGGAAAAUAGAGGAGUACUUUGCUUUUGAUACUAAAGAAAUUGAUGACGAGGGCUUGGAAUUUAGAAAAAUUCCAAAGAAAUGUAACCGGGGUGUUCCUCCUGUUUCGCCUAAUGCUUGUAUCAAAGAUGCCGUCACAGCUGAAGUGUUUGAUGAUGUCUGGAGGGAUGUGGUGGAAAUUAUAGGAGAGCUCAUAAGGAAGCACUGGGAGAAUGAACUCACAGAUGAGGAUACACAAAUGGUUAACCUAGAAACUCCAGGUGGCAAAUUGUUACCUGUGCCUGCAUCCCAUGUGACAGUCGACACCUUCAGUAUUCCACCUUCAAGGGGCUCAGAGUCAAGGAGUACAUCCUUCUGGUCAAAUGUUACCCCAUCACAGACCUCUCGUAUGUCAAGUUCGUUCCACAGUAGUUUGAAAGGUGUUAUGACUAUACAAGCCAAACCCCUGCAACAGAGGCAUGCUGGAUUAACUGAGAAGACACUUUGCAACCAAGAUGAGAAGCACCUAAGUAUGGGUCCCAGUGUUCUGACCUCAGCUCGGAACCGACUGGGCCGACUGCAAGACCACAGUAUUUUAUCUUCAUCCAAAAGGAUGCAAACAGCUUCAUGCAAACCAGUAGCUCAGCGCAAGCUGACAGUGCUCAGCUCAGAUGCACUCCGGUCCAAGACCCGCAACGCUUACAGAGAUGAAGUUCUCACAGGAACAAAACUGAAAACUGGUACUGGUUGCUUAUCCUCCCCGUCGGUACAUACUACAAGGAAAAAACAUUUGCCACCCAUUCAUUUAGAAACAUUGGAAAAUAAUCUGUCAGUGCCUCGUAAUCUGCUGCGUAGAGGGAGGAACCCACACAGCAGAGAGUCCAGGGCCGUUCCUGAAAGCACAGGUCAACAGCCUCUCGGGGAACGGCCCAUUGCUUUGGACCAUUCCUCAAGGCCAAAUACAACACACACUUUCAGGUCGGACACGCCAUUUAAAAGGUCUUUCACCCCUUUGGAUUUUGCUUGCCGCACUCGGACCGGGAGAGGAUCUUGUACAGCUGACCAUGCGGGUAUCGGUGUGACUGGAGUCAGCGUUGGAAUUUCUUGUUCCGGUUCCACUAACUUCUCUGAACCUCUGCAUCAUCAACAACGGCAGCUUUUAAAUCACACCUUCAUUGAGGGUGAAGAAGAGAAGUGCCAACCACCAUGGGGUCCUCAUCAGCCAAGAGCUUUAAAUCGGAAUCUAACAUAUGGAAAAAAGAAAUUUCAGAUGGUCUCGUCAUGAACUGUAUUCACCUAAACAGGGACAGGGAACACAAGAACACCAAUUUUAUUUACUCAAAUAAAAAAAUAAACAGCACAUGACAGCUGAUGUGUGUAUAUAUACAUAUUGUACUUUUUUAUACAGUAUUGAAAGCGCACUUUUGAUUUUAUUUUGUAAAUGCUUUUGUGUAUAACAUACAUUAAUUGGGUGGGUGUGUAUUUGCAAUAUGGGAAUAUAACAGGAUUAUAAUAUGUAACCCUAUGUUGCAUGUCCUGACUACACUAUACACACACAUACACGCACACACAAGUCCUGCUGUUAUAUAUAUAUUUUGCUCAAAGAGCCAACUUCCCAAUGUUUCAGUAUUUUAACAUACCUUUGUCAUAUAUAUAUAUAAUGUGCUUGGUUUGCUACUUUAGGGGGGGCCUGGGUCUCAUCUCACUCACUUGCACAGGCACUUAGGACAUAGACAAAACAGUGACACAAAACGAUACAACACAUAACACUUAGUACAGAUUGCUACUAUAUAUAUAUGUAUGUGCUCCUUUUCUGAUUUUAGCACUUUAUUUUCAGGAUCAAGUUAUUUUUUUUUAUUAUUCAAAAUUAAUAUAUUAUAAGAAUAUUAUAUAUUUAUGUACAGUGUUUGUAUCUGUUUUUAUUAUUAUUUUAUUACAUUUGGCUCAUGCCCUGCCAUUUGUUUUAAUUUAUAGUCAUAUAUUCUCAUAUUUAAUUUUUUUUUUUUUUUUUAGAACUAUGCAGAACAAUCAAACUGCAGUCAAUUGUACUGCUUUCCUGUACAUCGUGACAUUUGAUUUUACAUCUUUAUUUGACCUGAUGUCUAUGGAAAAACAUUUCAAAUUGUGUAUAUGUGUUUAUGCUACACCUCUUGAGAGAGCUAGCAUUGGAUAACAUGUUAAACAACUACAUUGUGCAACAUUAUUAGUAGAUUUACAUCCUAAAACUAUAGUACUCCAUAAAAAGUUAAUGGUGUAUGCUGUAUAUAUAAAUGUAUUUUUCUGUGCCAAGAAAACCCUUUUAGCCCAUUCUUGCACUCAUUGAAAAUAAGAAAUACGUUUUCAUAUUCUGAACCAUGAAGUUAAUUUAAAAGAAUAGUUUUAUAUUCAAAACGUUUGAUAUUGUUUAUUCAAGUACUGUAUGCAUGUCUUUUGUAGCUUGUGAAGAUGUUACACAAGCUUUUGUUGAGACCUAAUACAAAUAUUUAAGUUAUACCUAGUCAUAUCUUUCACAGUUAUCUUUUGUUUUUCCCUUCACAAAGAGCAGGCGGUAGCCAUAAAAAGGGUGUUUUAAAGAAUAAAGUACAACUAUUGUAUUAUGUCCCCAAUAAAAAUGACAUUUGUUUUUCCAUGUGGUUUUUAAAUGGAUAUUGUACGUGUAACAUACACAAGCAAUAGUGUCAGAGUUUUAAAAAGUGCUUGUUUUUGGCCAUUUGAAAGUACUAAACAAAGCCCCACUGUGUCAGUCAUGUAAAUCAUCUGAAACCAGGCCCAGUUUCAUACUGUAUUAACGACUGUAAAGUUUGACCCCAUUUGUUCUGCAGGGAGAAAAACAAUAUUAACAUUUAUCAACCAAGGAGAAAUGAAAUGCAAUACAACAAUAAUGUUUUUGCAUGUUAACAGGCAGUGUUGUGUGAUGUACUGCCAUUGCAAAUUGACCCCUGCUACUUAGAUGAUGUUAAAAAGUUCUAGUCUGACUCUUUUAUGCAGCAGUGAAGACACUCGGGGUUGGUGUGCACGUUCAUGGGAUAACAGCCAGACUCAAAUUAACAGACACUACAAAUGACCCAAAUCAUCAGGAGAAGCAGACAAAGGGGAAUGCAUUUCAAAAUGUCCUGUUCUGAUUUUAGUGAUCCCAGUUUUAGUUCAAGAGCACUUGAUAAAAAGGAGGUGUCAUAGAUAUCAGCUGAUGAAGAUGAUGAGAAAUUAGUUAUUAGUUGCUGUUAAUAAUAACUACUUAUAAAUGAACAUACUGUAAACAAUACAUAUAAUAUUGUAAACGUAAUUGUCUUUUUUAAAUAUUUUGAAGUGUGAAUUCAAUGUUUUGUAUGCUUUGUAUUUUUUAUAUAAUAUUCUUGAGAUCCAUCUUUUUUUUUCUAGAGCAUGUGAAUAUGAAUUACAUAAUGCUUUAUGAUGUAUCAAGCAAAAUCAGUUGUUUUAUCCAAAAUAUGGCCUCUGGAUGCAAAAAGGCACCCCAAUGGUAGAAUGACCCAUGUAUUGAUCAUGUAGGAAGCUGCAGAACCCUUCACACAAUAAAUAUGAGUACAUUUAGAGCUGAAGUGACGAAAGAAAGAAAUAUAUGUUGGUUUUUAGUUUAAUUGUAAAAUUAACAAAUUAAAAGGACUUCAUAGAAAUGUUUUAAACAAUAUAUCAAUUUAGUAAAUAAAUACCCAGUAUAUUAGUUCAUGUCCAAAUAUCAAAUUGCAUUCUGAAGUGCAGCUUAUAACCCCUGGCAUCGUCACACUGUAUUCCAUCCAAAGGUCAAGUUAAUUGUCUGCCGCGGAUUAUACUAAACAAGUCCCAGCAACAGCAGUAAAUUGAUAAGACAUUGAGAAAGGAGACAUGCACAAAGAUUUGUAAUGACAUGCCCAUGAUGAAACGUAAUAUACGUUGGCCCAUGGCUUUGUCCAUUGGAGCUUGAGCCACCCCUAUACGCUGGCCGAACUAUGAUGUAAUGAACAUUGACUGAAACAAGAAAAGAGGCUUAUUUAGUUAUUUUUGCCCCCGAGAGGAAUAAAAUUAUACCUGUGUCAGCCUGAUUGAGGGACUCCUGGGGGUCAACAUUGUGGAGUAGUGGUUAGGGCUCUGGACUCUUGACCCGGAGGGUUGUGGGUUCAAUCCCAGGUGGGGGACACUGCUGCUGUACCCUUGAGCAAGGUACUUUACCUAGACUGCUCCAGUAAAAACCCAACUGUAUAAAUGGGUAAUUUUAUUUAAAAAUAAUGUGUAAAAAAUAAAAUAAUGUAAUUGUAUGUAAAAUAAUGUGAUAUCUUGUAACAAUUGUAAGUCACCCUGGAUAAGGUCAUCUGCUAAGAAAUAAAUAAUAAUAAUAAUAAUAACAACAUGAGGCAGGGCUGAGCUAGGACCCUUUUUAUAGAAGUAGGUACUUCCUACAUUUUUCCAAAAUUCCGCUCAUUUAAUAGGACAAUAGGCCAAUAUAAAUAAGCCAGUCCUCUUUUGUUCAUAAUUUAUAAUAUUUUUUGUUUGAAAAUGAGCUGUGUAAAAGUCAAAAUAUUUUUUAAAACGGGGUCAGUUAAUAGAACCAGUAUGUCAGUUUUAUUGAAUAUAUUGAGCUGAUGUGAAUUUACAUCAGUUACUGAUCAGAGUUGGAAUCUUGUUCUUCAUCAAAUUCAGAAUCAUUUACAAUAAUUUGAACUUUGUAAGGAUUUUGGCAGCAAUCUUCAUUCAUGCAUCCACAGGCUUAAGUGCAGGCAAGUCGGUUCCUAGUACAACUGCAGUAACUUUUGCACUCAGAUUUCCUACACCCACAUGCAACUAACUGUAAAAGUGUACCAGGAGCUGCUUGCUGUGUCAUUAGUAUUGCCACCAUUAUACAAGUGACAUUAUUUUGGUUCUUGUAGCGCAACAGAUACUCAUCACCAUCAGGUUCGUCACCAUACAGAGGUCUCUCCACAGCACUGAAAGCAUCCAAUGAUAACACCAUAGUUUUGCCCAAGUUUUGUAGUCCAACAAAAUUAGCAAGAUUUUUAGAAACAGUUCUCAGUGGCUUUACUUUCCGAAUUCCUGCCAGUGCACUUAUUGAGUCACAACCUGUGAUAGCAUACGGUGCAGGGAACAUAUCACACAGGUUUGAACCACAUGUUUUUGCAAUGGUAUGUGAGGAAAUCAAGCACUGAUUGUCCUUUAUGCCAGUCCUUAGCCAAAGUUCCUGGCUAGCCAGUUGUGAUGCAAAAUGCACACAAAGAAUUCCUACAUCUGAAUCUGGUGACAACAUGGCUAGUCAUGGGCAUGUAAGAAGAGACGUGUAUCUGCUUCCUCAUGUGUAAAGUGCUGGAACUUCUGUAACACUUUCUCUUAACACAGACUUUGCCAUCACUUUGUCAUUAAAACCACCUGCAAUGACUAACUCCUUCCCAGGGUCCAGGGUUUUACUUGCUACAUCACACCAUAGGUGUGAUAGAAAAGCUGCAAAGUACUCCUUGUUGCAUGGAUUGCUGUAGAAUUUGUGUAGGGUCAUGGGUAGCUUGCUGCACAGACUGUGGAUUUUUACUCAACUGCUGUCUUAACCUUACUUUCGAUUUCGUUACCCUGCUUUUAUUGAGUCCUCAUGAUCGUAUCGAUCAAAAACUACAUCCAAUCGAACACAGCUUGCAACUUGGCCAGUAGGGUGUCUAAAAGUCUCUUUGCAAGCUCGCCAAAUGUAAUCCCAAUGGUUCCCUUUAUCAUCUGCAAUAGUCAAAUGCCGUCUACCAACCAGCAUGUAGGUGUGUCAAUUUGAUCAUCAGAUUUGCUUUGUUUCCACAUUUUUUUUAGGUACCAUUUAAAUGAGUGACACAGGGACACUUGUGAGCUCAUACUUAAAUACCUCCUUUAGGUCAAUCACUCUGGCCAAAUAACUCACAGUCAGUGUAAAGUAUCGUGGUCAAGUGGCUAUUGCAGGUGGCAGGAAACAGUCAAAAGUCGAGAUUAAAAUGCUAUAAGCUUUUAUUUAAGCCUCAAGUGAAAAUUGGCAGUACAAAACACUGAUUAUUAACAAAAUCAAAUCCACAAGCCUGUAUUUAACACAGAUAUUAUACACAGAUACUCAGUCACUCCAGCCUCACUGGAGUCUCAAAUAGUUCUUCAAAUGAGCUCUACACAGAUACUUAUACCCUCCCGUAUCACUAGCCCCUCCCCAGGGCUAAUCCACUACACGUUCAUUAAAGUAUAGUCUUAUAAAUGUUACAGUAUCUGCAUUAACUGAUUCACACUUAUUAAAAUGUUAGGGUAAUUUCCCUUGGUUUAAACCUUAUUUACCCACUCUCAACAGUUCAGCAUACUAUAAUUAAAACCCAAACCAAAGGAUAUAUUUUCCAUACAGGAUGGUUUAAACCCAGCUUUUAUAAUCUGUCUUAAACUCAUUUUAAAC